AUGGCUGCCAACUCAAGAAAAGUCGUCGUGUUCAGUGGUGGUUCGGCGGCGAAUAGCUUGGUGGAUGUCUUCAACGAAGUCAUAGAGAAAAACAACUGUGCCUUGACUUAUGUUAUACCGAUCAGUGACAACGGUGGUUCCUCCAGCGAGCUCAUUCGAGUGUUUGGAGGGCCGGGCAUUGGGGAUGUCAGAAGCCGUCUUGUACGCCUGAUUCCUCAAACUCACGUUCAUAUUCUCAACCUCUUCAAUCAUCGUCUACCCCCUUCUUCCGACUUGGCCGCAUCUGAAUUCCUGACGCUUCUGACCGGCACAUCACACCUCUACCAUUCGGUACCGACACCGCAAGCAAUGCUUAUCCGUUCCAUCCUCUCGCAUCUUCACCUCGAGAUCCUCAAGCGCAACCGGCCCCCUACCUCGACUUUCAACUUCCAAUCUGCGUCAAUAGGAAACCUGUUCCUCACCGGUGCUCGUCUAUUCUCCGGCUCCUUCGAGUCCGCAAUUUACCUUCUUGCAAUCAUGGGUGGCGUCGACGAAUCGAAAACCGCUGUGCUGCCUGCUAUCAUCAGCAACUUCUCGCAUCACAUAUCCGCUGGGCUCGCAGACGGAAGCGUGAUAACCGGCCAGAACGCUAUCAGCCAUCCCAGCGAGCCGACUGCGCUCAAUAGUAAUAUCGACCAUGCCAAUCCUCUCGCAGAUCUCAACGACGCCACGAUCGAAGACGCAAACCUCCCAGGCUCCUUGCCAACGCUUCGCCAACCCAACAUCCAUUUCUCCAAGGGUUCCGAGGAGCCUCUUCCCGCCCGAAUUCAGCGGCUAUGGUACAUCAAUCCUUACGGCCAGGAGAUGCGGCCUUCGCCCAACCCCAAAGUGCUUGAGGCCAUCAAUGUUGCAGAAGGCUUGAUCUACAGCAUCGGCAGUCUCUACACUUCCAUCGUCCCAUCGCUCAUAUUGCAGGGUGUGGGCGCGGCGAUUGCUCGUUCCGGCGGUCCGCGCUUCAAGAUCCUGAUUCUGAACGGUAGCCUCGACCGCGAGACGGGUGGCUUCUCUGCCUCGGACUUCAUUGCUGCAAUCGCUAGAGCUGGCGAAGAGAGUCGUGGGAUCACCUUCAAUCAGGGUGAGGAUGUGGAAAAGGAAAUCUGGGCGAGGUAUGUGACGCAUUUGAUCCAUCUUGAAGGCGAAGGCGUGCCUCGAGUCGACAAGGAGGAGUUGGGAAAGUGGGGUGUGGAAUGUGUAAGGCUGUACGGCAGGAAGGCGGAGGAUGGAACUGCGAGGUAUGAUGGAAGAGCGCUGGGGCAGGCGCUGGGGGCAAUAUUGGGAAGGAGGGAGAAAGGGGAGAAGAGCAGGAGGAAUACACUCGAAGGGUGA